GUCAUUUCUCGAUUUACUAAAUAUUAGAAUAAUGGAUUAUUUCCAUUUAUGAAACAUAUUCGAAGGUAGUGAUUAUCUUCUGAUCGUACGUGAUUAUCAUCUUUCAUUGCAUAAUAUUUGGUUUAUUGUGAUCGAGAUAACUUUGGAAAAAUACGAAAAACAAGAAAAAAAAAAGUUAGCAAUUAGCAACGAGAUUGGGUUCAAUAACAAAAUAACGAUACAAGAAUAUAUUAAAAAUGACAGGUCGAAUUGAAAUCGAUAAACCAUUAUGGGACUUGAACACUUUUACUGGUAGAUUUAAUUAUUUUGCAUGGAUGACUGAUCCUAGAACUUGCAUAUUACCAAGUUCUCAGUUACUGGAAGCAAAAGAACUCUUAGACAAAUAUAGAAAAGGUCAAGAACCAAGCACAACUAAGAGAGAAGAUGUCGUAUACGCUAUGAAACUUUAUAAAUCAGCUUUCCAUCCAGAUACAGGGGAAUUACAAAAUUUUACUGGUAGAAUGAGUUUUCAGGUUCCCGGAGGUAUGUUGAUAACUGGUGCCAUGUUAUCAUUUUAUCGUACCACAGGCGCUGUUGUAUUUUGGCAAUUUGUUAAUCAAUCUUUUAACGCUGUUGUUAAUUAUACAAAUCGUAAUGCAAAAUCUCCAACCACUGUUAACCAGUUAAUAGGAGCAUAUUUAUCAGCAACAUCAGCAGCAGUAGCUACUGCAAUUGGUUUUAAAAAUUUUGUUAUGAAACGAGCAUCUCCCUUGCUGCAACGUUAUGUUCCUUUUACUGCUGUUGCUGCCGCAAAUUGUGUUAAUAUACCUUUAAUGAGACAGAAUGAAAUUAUUAAUGGAAUAGAUGUUGAAGAUCACAACGGAAAUACUGUUGGCAAAAGUCGUGUUGCUGCUGUAAAAGGUAUUUUCCAAGUUGUUCAAGCUCGUAUAGCAAUGGCAGCUCCAGGUAUGUUAGUUUUACCAAUAAUUAUGGAAAGGUUGGAAAAAUAUCCGGGAUUUAAGAGAAUGACGGGUCUGCAUGCUCCAUUCCAAACCAUAGCAGUAGGAAUGUUUUUGUUGUUUAUGGUACCUAGCUCUUGCGCUAUAUACCCACAAAGAUGCUCUCUACGCACAAGUACUAUUAAAUUGAUAGAACCAGAAUUUUAUGAUGAAAUGGUUAAAAAUACAAGUGGAAAUGUACCAGAAAAAGUUUACUUUAAUAAGGGAUUGUAAAGCAAUUUAUGUUUUUUUUUCACAUAUGUGAAUUUAUAGAAGCAUAUGUAUGUAAUAAGCAAGUAGCUAUUAAUUAGCAAAACAGUAGCAAUCUUUUGUUUUCGAACAAAGACUAGA